AUGGAAACUGGGAUAAUCAGACUCCACAACGUUUAUACAAGAGGAAUUAACUUCUUCGGGGCUCUUGGGCUAAACAACCAUUACCAAAAUUCUGAAAUCUUUGUCCCAGUCCCUACUUUACAAAGAAUAGAAGCCCAAAAUGUAUAUGCAAGCUAUGCUCAAUCUUUAUGCUUAAUGCAAAAUAAUGAUUUACUUAUAUGAGGGUGGCCCCUUGACAUCAGAUCCCAAAUGCAAGUUUUAUGAAUGCUCAAAGACUAUACCACUUUAGCCAAACUUAUCCAAAAAUACUCCCCAUUUCCAUGAAUUAGUAUCAGAGAAGGCGUCGAAUCUCCUACAAUUGCUGCAGAAUUUCCAGGAAAAUUGCAAAAAGUCAGCAUUGGUGGAGCUUUUGUAUUAGCCUGUGAUGAUGAAGGCAGAGCUUUUGCAUGAGGAGACAACCAUCGUGGACAAUGUGGGACGGGCGAAGACACUCAUACCUAUCGUCCUUAUCUAGCUAAAUCUAUACUUGACAAAUUUGUAAUUGACGUAAAAGCAGGCUACCAGCAUUCUUUAUUCCUGACUCAUGAUGGGGACGUCUAUGCUACAGGCAGAAGCGCUAAUUUCGCCAUUGCAAAACCUCCAUUCCGCAAAAUAAACACACAUGGAUUUACCUCAGAACUUUACAAAAUUCCUAUAGAAAAUAUCACAAAAAUUGCAGCUGGACAAAAUCAUUCUUUAUUUUUAAAUGAUAUAGGAGAAGUGCUUGGUUGUGGGAAAAAUAAUUAUGGCCAAUGUGGGCAGGUUAGUACAAAAUAUUAUGUAGAAGAGCCAACGAAAAUGUAUAUGCCUGAAAAAAUAAAAGAAAUUGCGUGUGGAAGUAAGCAUUCUUUAGCAUUGGGGGAAAGCGGGAAAUUGUACUCGUGGGGAUGCAAAAUUUAUGGACAGGUUGAUGGGCAUAGGAAUGGGAUUUAUCAGGAACAGUCCAGUCCUUUGCCGGUAGAAAUUCCAUCAGAGCAUAAAAUAGUAAAAAUAACGGCAGCGUUCGACAGGUCAGGGGCGUGGCUGGAAAAUGGAGAAUUUUGGACUUGGGGAGGUGAGGACUGAAGGUAUUUAGAAGGGGAGUUUUAUGAGAAUUUUACGUUACUGAAUUCUCUGCUGCCAAAUUCCCAGGAAGAAAUUGUUGAUGUAGGGCUAGGAUUUAUUCACACAUUAGUUAUGACCACUUCCGUAUAA